UUAAGCCAUGACUGUGACAUAAGCAUUUCUCCGGUUCUCAUUGGUCCACCGCCGUCACUGCCGCCGCCGACGAAGACUCCACCACCGCUACACCGCUCAGCCAGUUGGAGAAAUGCUUACGUCACAGAUAUGCGUAUCACGAGUUGCUGACAUACCUAUUUAUUUUGUCAUGGUCUAUGGUAUGGCCCGAUGUGCAACCAUUGUCCAUUCUAUCUAAAGCCCACGACUAUACUAUCUUUAAUCGUGCUGAAGCCGUAGCCCGUAGUCAUUACAUUACACUUAUCUAUGGUCAUUACUCAUUAAACAACAUCACGACAAUCCACGUUAUGAUCUGCCGAAUGAGUGUAACAUGACGCCAUGACCCACUGCUUCUAUCAGCAAUCGUGAAAUUUCGUUUCCAUAACAAAACAAACCAUUCUGAAACGCUGGAUAACUGCAUUGGGUAUAUGUUGGAAUAUGUACAGUUAAUAUAAUUUAUCAAUCAAUGCUAUUAUAAUAACCAAAUUUAUAUUCCUACUCAAACACUCAGUCGAUUACUAUUGAUAUUGAUUUAGACCAAACAAAUAAUUAUCCCUUUAAAAUGAAUACUAAUGCAUAUCCCAAGAAAAGAAAUAAGCGCAAGAGAAUUAGUACUCCAAUACCAAAAGAACAGUCCAAUACCAUCGAGUAUGUAGAAGAUAUGACAAAUCUAGAACAACAAGAAAAAGACACCAUUUCUGAACCUAUGCUAGAAAAGAUUAAAUCAGAAGAAAUAGUGUAUGAAAAACUUGUUGAAAAUUUUACUAUUUUAUCGGCUAACGAAAGGGCCCAUCAAGCUAUUACUUUAAAAUAUUUAGAACUUAAAGAAAAAGUUCUUGAGACAGAAGAGGAAUUAUUGAAGCUUGGUGUAAAAACAUCAACAUUGCCAGCAUUCUGUCUUAACGAAGAAGAUAGGACUCCUCCAGACAUUGAAGUUAUUGAAGAUCCUAGACGUGAAAAAUUAUUAAAAUUGGAAAUUACCAGAGAAGAUAAAAUUCGUGAAGAAAUAUUCCAAAAAUUUAAUGUGUACACUUAAUUAGGCGAACACUAAAUAUAAGUCACAAUGAUUAGGCUAACUUAAUUUAAUAUAUAACUUAACUAAAUUUAACAGAGAGUUAACUGAAACUUUUCAGUUUAUCAGUUAAUGGUUAAACAUAACUGUAGGAUAAUGUGUUGGUUAAGUUAUUUAUUACUUUUUCUUCUAGUUAAACGUUUAACUGAAGGAUUAAAACAUAGAGUUUAUAUAUUAUUAUAUAAUACCUUAAAAAAUAAACUACCUCAUCAUUA